UGAGUUCAAUAUUUCCAGCCAAAUUAACAAGAUUAGUCUAAAAUUAUUAAGUGCUUAAUUAAUUGUUUAACCUUGUAAACUCCGCAAUUCCCAAGCUUAUACAGGUUGAAUCCUAAACUGCCACCAUUUUCUCUCCUCUGCUACUUACCACCCUCUUCCACUUCUCACACUCUCUCAAUCAUGGCCUCUUCCCUAAUUCUACCUUCAGUCUCUCUGAAAAAGACCCCAUUAAACUACUCUCAAUCCCUUAAAACCCAAAAAUUUUCAAGCUUCUUUGGGUUUAAAAAUGGCGGCAAUCUACGAAUUAAGUCACACGGAGCUAGGGUUUUUAUGAGCGUUACUGCUGGAUCCCCUUCUCAAACUGCUGUUGAUGACGCUUUAUUCUCUGAUUAUAAGCCUUCUUGCGCUUUCCUCUUUCCUGGGCAGGGAGCGCAAGCAGUAGGAAUGGGUGCAGAGGUUCAGAAUGUGCCUGCAGCUGCUGCCUUGUUCAAGAAAGCUAAUGACAUUAUGGGCUUUGAUCUUUUGGAGAUUUGCAUCAAUGGACCAAAGGAAAAGCUCAAUUCAACUGUCUUAAGUCAGCCAGCUCUUUAUGUUACAAGUUUAGCUGCUGUUGAGAUAUUGCGUGCUCGUGAGGGAGGCCAACAAAUAAUUGAUUCUGUGGAUGUGACAUGUGGUUUAAGUUUGGGAGAGUACACAGCUCUCGCAUUUGCGGGAGCUUUCAGCUUUGAGGAUGGCCUGAAGCUGGUUAAGCUAAGGGGUGAAGCUAUGCAGGCAGCCUCUGAUGCUGCACAAGGUGCAAUGGUUAGUGUCAUUGGCCUGGAUGCCGAGAAGGUUCAAACUUUGUGUGAUGCUGCAAAUGAAGAAGUUUCAGAAGACGAAAGAGUUGAAAUUGCGAAUUUUCUUUGCCCUGGGAACUAUGCAGUGUCUGGAGGUGUAAAAGGAAUCGAGGCAGUAGAAGCCAAGGCAAAAUCCUUCAAAGCUCGUAUGACGGUACGAUUGGCAGUGGCUGGUGCUUUCCACACCAGAUUCAUGGAACCAGCAGUUUCUAGAUUAGAAGCUGCAUUGGCCACAACAAAGAUCAGGACACCACGGAUUCCUGUCAUAUCAAAUGUUGACGUGCAGCCCCAUGCGGACCCAGAAACAAUUAAGAAGAUAUUGGCACGACAGGCUACAUCUCCUGUUCAAUGGGAAUCAACAUUGAAAACUCUCCUGGACAAAGGCUUGAACAAGAGCUACGAAUUAGGACCCGGAAAGGUUAUUGCGGGCAUUAUGAAGAGAAUCAACAAAACAGCUGAGAUUGAGAACAUCAGUGCAUGAAAGAACUGAAGUAUCGCACAAAUUACUUUGUAGCUUAUACGAAUUCGUAGACAUAGAUUCAUUUGUAAGAGUAGAUUGCAAUUUUUUUGAGCAAUAAUCCAUAUCAUGAGUUCGUAUUCAGAUUUAAUUUAAAGCUUCUAUGAACUUGUAAUAAACGAUUAUUUUUAGUGUAUCAAAAACUCAGUACUCGUAAAA